AUGAAACCCCGGUUAAUCGCUCUUCUCGCCCUGCUCUUCUUGCCCUCGAAUUCCCUUCCAUGCUCCUAUCAGGUAAGAAUGUCCUUCACUCGAUCCCCUCCAAUAAUCUUCCCUCAGAAUCCACGAGUCGAAGAUGUUCUUCUGGAAGUUCCCAUCGAACACGAACAUCCGCACCGUCAUCGGAGAGACUCGGAAGUGCCGACGAAAGAGAAGGAGAAGGAGAAGUUCGCUCCGUUGAGAAUCCAUUUGCACUACGAUAAGAGCAUCGAAAACCUGACGGAAGAAGUGCAGAACUUUGUGAACACGACCCUCCUCCCGGAAGCAGUCGGAUACUGGGAGAACGCCCUCCGAGUCAGACCGAUGAAGACCGCGAUUCGGCUUCGAAGGAAGUGCCUCUCUUCGUUCUACUAUUACAAGCAGGGAAUGAGGAAUGUGGCGUGCGAUAAGGCCUGCAGAGAGAAGACGACGUGUGGAGAAGCCGACAUUCCCCCCGAUCACCUGUUGGUAAGUGGGAGGCACGGAAAACCGGCCGUCGAUAGCUCGAGCGCUCGAGCUGAUCAGUUGGUAGAGAGAGCGGAGGACUGUAGAGUCAGUGUGAAUCCUCAGCUCGCUGGUCCGGAUCCGGCUCGACGGAACUGUUUUUGUUUUCUUGCAGGACUGCUUGGCAUGCAACAACACGGACGACUGCCAAACUUCCGGAGAUCUGGGUGAAGGCGUCAGCGAUUCUGAUUUUAUUCUGUAAGGCAAAUCAAAUCAGAUGAAGCUAAAUUUAUGGAAUGAAUGAUUUUCAGAUAUGUGACUGCUCACAACUCGAAGCGCUGCGAAGGCCCCGAAACUCUUUCGUACGCGGCUCACUGCCAACAAGAAGCCGAUUUCGAUAGGCCGAUUGCGGGCAAUGUGAACCUGUGCCCCAGCGCUCUUUCCGUUCACAACCAUGAUUACGAGAUUCUGACCAGCACUGUGAAGCACGAAAUCCUGCACGCUCUCGGGUUCUCUGUCGGGCUCUACGCGUUCUUCCGCGACAAAGACGGCAAACCUCGCACCAAAAGGUUCGUAUUAAAAAUGGAUUUUUGUUCAACGUGCGUCUGAAAUUAACCCCAAUCUUGCAGGAAUCGGUACGGCCGGCCAACUUCGUUGAACAAACAAAAAGGGUAUUAUGACUGGGACAGCAACACGAUAACGACGGUUUUGAGGGAGGAUUGGUGGACUGGAGAGGGAAAGGUACGUGGGAAAAGGGCAGUGCAGUGUAUGGCAUGGAUGAUUGCAGGUGAUCCAUCCGAUCCAUAUGAUGGUCACUCCGAAGGUGAGGGAAGAAGCCAGAAGACACUUUGGAUGCGAUAAGUUGGAAGGCGCAGAGCUCGAGAAUCAAGGCGGAGAGGGCACUUAUCUGACACAUUGGGAGAAAAGGGCUUACGAGGUGAGCAGGAGGCGGAAGAUUCGGAUACGAAUGAGCACGAAUUCAGAACGAAGCGAUGACUGGCACUCACACUCAGAACCCUGUCUACUCGAGGCUCACUCUCGCUUUUCUGGAGGACACUGGAUGGUAUGAACCCAAUUAUGAGUGAGUUAUCGCAUUGAAAAACUUGGAAAAUUACGAGAAUUGGUUGCAGAGUGGCCGAGGAUUUGCACUGGGGCAAGCAUCUCGGGUGCGAUUUCGCGAUGAAAAGUUGCGGAGAAUGGAUCCAUGAAAAACGGAUAUUGUGAGUCUGAUCCGAUGCAUCCGAUGCAUUUCUGACUUUUCAGAGGCAAAGAUGCGUAUCCAUACUGCAGUGACAUCAAACACGACGGCACUAAGUCGAUGGCGAUAACCCGGUGCACUUCCCAAAGAGACUCGCUCGCUCUCUGCAACCUUAUUCCCUACCAAAAAGAGCUUCCAGCCCAAUACCGUAACUUUAUGAGUCUUCCCGGAGUGAAUCCGGACGGUGCAAAGUACUACGGUGGAUCUGUCGAGAUGGCAGAUUAUUGUCCGUUUCUACAAGAGUUUGAAUGGAAAUUGCUGGACAAGAAGCUGCACAAAGACUCGAGAUGCGAACUGGAGGGCAACGGAAAAGAAGGCGAGGACAUUCUGGAAGUGUACGGAGAGAACUCCAGAUGCUUUGAGUUUCCCAAGCCGUGGACCGAGAGAAAGUGCGGCAGGAUUCGAGUGCUCUCGCAUUAUAUGGCCGGAUGUUAUGAGGUCAGCUUGUGUCCGAAUCCCAAUCAAACCGCCCGUUUUCAGUACCAAUGCAACAACGGAACUCUUUUCGUCGGCUCCUACAACGCCACAGACAUGUACCCUUGCUACGCGGAGAACCAAAAAGUGCACAUCAAGAAAGUGGUGGACGGUUGGCUCCGCGAGGGCUCCAUCAUCUGUCCCAAUUGCGAGGAUUACUGUAACAACUGCGGACCGCCCAUCGUCAUUCCCGACUAUAUCGGCGACGCGGAACUCGACGAACCCUGCUCCGCCAUCACCCAUUUCUCGCCUCUCUCCAUUGUAUUUUUCCUAGUUUUUCUGUAUAUUCGCUGCUGACCAAAUCAGUUUGUUCCAAUACCACUCGGGUUGUUUUCAUUCAUCUCGCCGUCAAUUCUGUUCACUUUCCCUGCAUGCAACCGGUCACAAACCUUCUUUUCGUAUUCCUCCGGUGUCCAAUAAAUGAAUGUUUUUGUUUCUGCGCCGAGCGAACCUAAUUACACACUCUUUGCUGGCCGCCAGUUCUCGAAAGGAGACGCCCGUUUCUAUGGAAAUGAGAAAUCAGAGCUCGGGUUUCGGCUCGGCUCUCCCAGUCGGAUUAUCCUUCCAAUUGUAGUUCUCUUACCUCUCUCGCUCUCUCUCUCUCUCGCGCUCACCGCGUCCAACCUCAUUCGUUCAUUCUGUCCCAGCGUAGGUAAUCUGCGAUGCGCGAGAAGAACGUCAAGCGAUAUGACGUGAGUUUCAGCUCGAGAAAUUCGUACGUAGGUUGGUCGUGCCGCUAACGGGUAACUAGGGAAACCGCCGGCCGCGUUUCUCUUCACAAAUCACAUAUUAAUAUUUUAUCAGGUUACCACCAAAAACGAGAAAAUAUCUCUCUCUCGAGUCUAUGGCUUCUAUUUGGGAGGGGGAUUUCGAAAGCGAACAUUAGAGAUUCUGACACAAAUCAUUUUCACUUUUCAAAUCUCUUCCCAUCACUUUCUUCGACUUUAAGUGUCUUUCAGUUGAGUCCCUCCAAAUGAUAGUACUGUAGGCACAUUCUAAAUAGUACGUACUGGCUUCCGAAUGUGUUCCACUUUCAGAUUCCUCUGCGAGAGUAUCGUAUGCUCGCAGCCACCACGGAAGUCGACUAUCCGUACUUCCCAUUCCGAAUUUCCAUCGAUUUCGUGCUCGUUCACAAUGCCGGAGAGUCGCAUUCGAAGGGAAAGUACCGAGAGUUUUUCGAGAAGGCCGUCCAGAAAGAAGGGCUCAUCAUCCGGCAUCAGGCUUCCGGACAGACCCAUUUCACACUGAUCUCCACUCCGUUCCAUCGUCUAUCUCGGGAAGCCGAGAUGUCUCAGAUGUGCUUCCCUCUAAAAGAUGUGAGAAUUGUAUUGAGAACUUUAAGAAGUACAUAAUCACUCAUUUCAGUGCCAAAUCAAGCCGGGAAUGCCUUCCUGCUGUGUCCCUCUUUCCAAAAUCUUUGUUACCGACGACACUGUUCGCUUCAUAAACGCCCCGUUCCAACGCAAAAACGGAUCAUUAUUCUGCAAUUACCACGAUGAAAAAGCGUUCUUCACGCCUGCCCAGAAAGGGUAUUUGACUUAUCAGGUACUGUACGUAAUCUAUUGAAACCGACCAACAAGACAGGCUUCUCAGAUUCUCACGAAAUUAGAUAUUAGCAAAGACUUGAUCCGUGAAAUCCAUGGAGUAUCACAAGAAGAACCGUCGACGACAUCAUCGAUAACUUCGGAUGAACAACUGCGCCGGAAGGGACUCACGUGGCUUCUGAUGAGCGGAGUUUACGAAGAAGCGUUCGUGCUCCAUGCUCCGAGCAAGGUACGAUUCACUCAAGCGUUCCCAACCAUCGUAGAACUUUCAGGAAGAGCCCUACUUCAAAGAACUGCAAGAUGGAAGUCUGAAGACGUACAACGAGUUCAUUUCCGAAAUCGAGUUGGAUCCGCGGACAAGCCUCAGCCUGGCCUGGGAGCGCUGGUACAAAUUCCAGCCGCUCAACAAGAUUCGCGACUAUUUCGGCGAGCAAAUCGCCUAUUACUUUGCUUGGCAAGGCACUUUCAUCACACUUUUGUGGCCGGCAACCAUCUUCGGAUUAGUAGUUUUCACAUAUGGAUUCAUUGAUAGGUUGGGUACCUUUUGGGGGUGUAAUCUGCAAGAAACUGUGAAUGUUUUCAGUGUGCGAAGCUCUCCGUUGGACUGGAAUCACUGUAAGUUGGUGAACUUUCGAGGCGAAACUGAGAAUGUGCCAUGUGGAAUGAGGAAUGGGUACGUUUACGACAAAGGAAAGGAGAGAAACAUUUCCAUUUCACUUUCAUUUUCAGGUUAACACUAUUCUUCUCUACAGUAACCCAAUGGUUUAUGAGCUCUUUCGACACGCGCAUGAACGCUUUCUUCGCUGUUUUCAUGUCAAUUUGGGGUCGGUUUACGGCUAGACGAAUUCAUGUAUUCACAACGUUUUUCAGGAAGUGUUUUCGUUCAAAUCUGGAAAAGGAACAACUCUGUUCUUUCCUAUCAAUGGAAUUCUGACGAUUUUCACGCAAUUGAACCGGACAGACCAGAGUUCAGAGGAUCGAAAGUGAAAGAGGAUCCGAUAACCGGGGAAGACAUCUGGAUAUCGCCCGCGCUCGUUCGAUACCUCAAGAUGCUCACUUCGUUCUUCUUCGUUUCCAUCUCGAUGCUCCUCGUCAUUCUCUCCCUGAUGCUCGUGAUCCUUCUCAAGAUCUGGAUGGUCUUCAACUUCCAAUGCAACUCGGAAUACACCUUCCACUGCUGGCUCUCCGCCGCCUUCCUCCCCUCUGUUCUCAACACUCUCUCUGCGAUGGGUCUCGGAGCGAUCUACAGUAAUCUGGUGGCGAGGUUUAACACUUGGGAAAACCAUCGAACGGAAUCGGAGCACAAUAACAGUUUGAUCGUUAAAAUAUUCGCGUUCCAAAUGGUCAACACUUACACUUCGCUCUUCUACGUGGCAUUCGUACGGCCCGAAAGCCACGGAUUCCAGCCGAACGGGCUCUUCGGACUCGGCGAGCAGUUCAAGGACACGUGCGUGGACGACACUUGCAGUUCGCUGCUGGCCCUCCAGCUGCUCACUCACACCCUCAUCAAGCCGUUUCCCAAGUUUCUGAAGGAUGUUGCCAUUCCGUACAUUGUCAAACUCUUCCGUCUUCGGCAGUACACGUCACGAACGGAGGCGAGGAUCGAAGCGGAAGAGGACGAUCAGGCGAACGUUCUUGUCAGGUGAGCACGAGCACACGACAGUCCAUGAGGGAGGAUUUCAGAGAAUGGUUGAAGCCAAGUGCCGGCGACUUUGUUCUUUGGGAAAUGAACGAGAAGAUCAUCAUGUUUGGGACCACUAUGGUAACUUAUAGGUCUUCUUUCCGACAAUGAACGUGUCUUCAGAUGUUUGCCUCCCUCUUCCCACUAUCUCCCCUCCUCGCUCUGAUCAUCGGAUUCGUCGACAUGCGAAUCGACGCUCACCGCCUCCUCUGGUUCAAUCGAAAGCCCAUUCCUCAGAUCACAAAUGGCAUCGGAAUCUGGUUGCCAAUCCUCACUUUUCUUCAAUAUUGUGCAGUUUUCACAAACGCUUUUAUUGGUAUUCAACUAACUUCCAUUAUAUCAUUUGCCAAUUGACUCAUUUCAGUUGCUUUCACUUCUGGCUUCUGCUCAACAUUCUUCGAAGACGUUAUGUACUGCAACGUGCAGAAUCGUCUAAUCAUUGUGAUUGUCUUCCAGGUCUUUUCCGUCUGAAUCUCUUUGUCAGCCCCGAAAUUUCUCAUUUCAGAACCUCGUCUUCGGUCUCAAGUACCUGCUAUCCAGUGUUAUCCCUUCUGUUCCGGCCUCGAUAAAACUUGCUCUUCGAAAAGUUUGUUCACUUUCUCCUUGGAGCGCACUUUAUAUAUUCAGAAGCGCUACGUCAUUGCUCACAUCGUCGAAAAAGGCGAUGUUCCACACAAAACACGAGUAAAAAAGAGAACGAGGAUCGCCAAGCUGGCAUGGAUCACAUCGAAUCAACGGGAACGACGCGCCAAGAAGAGUCUCAUCAAGAACAGACUUUUAUCAGGCGAAUAG